UCUGUCAAAUAAAUAAAUAAGAUCUUUAAAAAAAAAAAAAAAAAGAAUAGCCGUUGGGAUAGCCCUUAGGGUAAUCUUCAGGAGAGUCGGAGCGUCGUGGUCAUCAUGGUCGUCGGGAGCAUCGUGGUCAUCCUGGUCAUCGUAGUCGUAGGCAGUGGCGUCACAGCAAACGGCCUCGCCGCCAGCAGCCUCGCCACAGUGAGCAGCCUUGCCACCACGGAGUUGGGGCCCCACCGCGAGCGGCCUCACCGCCCCCAGCCAUGGCCCCGCCGUGAGCAGCUUUGCCAGCGCUGCAUCAUUCUGGGGAGUGGCCCCAUCCAGGGAGUGGCCUCGCCGGAGCAGCCUCAUUCCAGGGAGUGGCCCUGUCCGGGGAACGGCCCUCUCCGGGGAGCGACCUCAUCGUCAGUGGCCUCAUCUGGAGCAGCCUUGCCCUGGGAGCAGCCUCAUCCAGAGUGGUCUCGUCCAGAGUGGCCUCAUCAGGAGCAGCAUCAUGGGGAGCAGAGUCUGCGUUGUCAGGGCUGUCGUCCUUGUUGUCGUCGCCUCUUCAUCGUCAGGAGCGGCCUCGUCCAGGGAACGGCCUGUCCGGCAGCCUCAUUCCUCAUUCCGGGGAGCAGCCCUGUCCAGGGAGCAGCCUCAUCAGCAGCAGCCUCAUCUGGAGCGGCCUUGUCUAGAGCAGCCUUCUUGGGAGCGGCCUUGUCGGGGUCAUCGUCAUCUUCUCUUUGGAAAAGAUGGAUCGCAUCAUGUGAGAAACCCAUAAGGCUCUACUGGGAGGCCUCUGUGCAGCUGCAAGAAGAACCAUAA